GGCAUGUUUUAAAGAAGAAUAUCGUCAAGAAUACGACGGCGACGAGGAGGGCGACGACGACGGAAUUUCCCAAAUGACUGACUGAGAAGAAGAAAGAGAGAGAAUUGAGGUCGGGUGUGGAUUGGCAAAAUUUGGAUUUGGAUUCGUGCAAGAAAAAUAAGAAAUAUAAAAAUUUUAAGAAGAAAAACAAAAUUUUGGUGAAAUUUUAAAUUUGUAGAAAGUAAAGUGGAGAAAAUGUGGUGGUGGUGAAAGUAGCCGAGAACAUGCCGAACAUGAACAUGUGAACAUGCCGAGAUUUCUGGAAAAGUGUUGCCGUUUGCAGUAUUACUUUUUAAAGGGGAAAAAUUGGUGCAUUAUUUUAAUUCAUAAUUAAUCGAAAAUGGUGGGAUUGACAAGUUUUUAAAAUGGUUCUAAUAUUUUUUGAUUGAGAAAAGUUGUGAUAUUUUUUAUAGAGUUGAAAAGUGCGGAGGUGUGAAAAAGUGAAUUAUUGUGUAAUUUGAAAUCAGGGAGGAAAUUUAAAAAAAAUAUAUUCAAAAUGGUGCUGCGUGAUCAGAAAGACCCUCUAAACACGUCCCGAGGGAUUAUGGGACCCUUAGAAAACUCUGCAGGCGUGCAGAAUAAUAGGGGAAGGUUAAAACAGAGAUUCGAUCUAAUUCGUAAACUGGGACAAGGAACAUACGGCAAGGUGCAGUUAGGCAUCGAUAAGGAGACUGGGCAAGAGGUAGCGAUAAAAACAAUAAAAAAAUCCAAAAUUGAGACUGAAGCGGAUUUGAUCCGAAUCCGGAGAGAGAUUCAGAUCAUGUCGUCCGUCCGCCAUCCAAACAUCAUUCACAUUUAUGAAGUAUUUGAAAAUCGUGAGAAAAUGGUGCUCGUAAUGGAGUAUGCGGCCGGGGGAGAGCUUUAUGAUUAUUUAAAUGAACGAAAAAUUCUCCAAGAGGACGAAGCAAGGCGAAUCUUUAGGCAAAUCGCGUCCGCCGUGUAUUACUGUCACAAGAAUAAAAUUUGUCAUCGGGACUUAAAAUUGGAAAAUAUUCUGCUCGAUGAGAAAUCAAAUGCGAAGAUUGCUGAUUUCGGUCUCAGCAACGUCUUUGACGAUGUCAACAUGCUCAAAACAUUUUGUGGCAGUCCGUUAUAUGCCUCGCCGGAAAUUGUGAAAGGGACGCCGUAUUCUGGACCAGAAGUGGAUUGUUGGUCGCUGGGCGUCCUCCUCUACACCCUCGUCUAUGGAGCCAUGCCUUUCGACGGAUCCAACUUCAAGCGUCUCGUGAAGCAGAUAUCCGCGGGGGACUACUACGAGCCAAAGAAGCCAGCCGAGGCGUCCCCUCUCAUUCGAAUCAUGCUCACCGUCGACCCCAAAAAGAGGGCCAAAGUCGAAGAUAUCUGUGCUCACGUGUGGAUCAAUCACGGAUUCGACCAGGACUGCCUACACUCAGCGGAAGAGUUGGCGAAACAAACCCCUGUCCGGCUCGAUGUGCUCCUAACGCUCGCCCCCAACAUGAACAACCACGCCGGCGCAGCGUCAUCGGAAGCAGGGGCUGGGGAAACGAAUCACAAAAAACUAAAUGAAUCCGACUCCGCAGUCGCUGAGCCGCCGAAAAAGGCAAAAAUGCAAGGAGGAGACGCCACCGGACAGAAAGACGGCGUCUCAGUUCCUCAAAAACCCAAGAGAAAAACUCAAUCGAAAACGAAAUCGAAAACGACCCCCUUAAUGCUCGACUUAAUCCAGGACGUCGUCGAAGAGGAGAACGAAGACGUCGACAUGUCUGCCACACAACCACAAGCAGUCGUCCCCAAGAUGGCGCAAGCACAUCCCGUCGCCGGGGCAAGUUCGGCGACAAAAGGAAAACCGCCAAGUGACGACAAAGACGACGACGAGUGUGACACUUUAAGUGAAAUCAGUGAAAUUCAAACCAUCGCGGAAGACCUGGACAACAUUUCGAAAAAGAAGGAGAGAGUAAAAUCAGUCAAAGGAAAGGCUGCUCCGGCCCCCACCGAAAAACCGAAAGUUGUUCCUCCAUCACCUCCAGAACAUGAAUCGCGACCAAAACAGGCGAAACAGACGGCCACGACGAAUUCACAACCUCCAGUUUCCACGCCAAAAUUGCAAAAGACUGAAACACCCGAAGUUCCCAAGAAAACUGUUCCCGAACCGGAAGUAGUGACACCCGCACCACCGAAACCAGCCGUGGUAAAGAAAAAGAUUGUUAACAAACCGAAAGCUACGUCACCUGCGCCACAAGCAACGACGUCGACGACGCCACAAGAAAAUAAGGUGACGCCAGAACCCAAACCCGUCGCCCCGCCAAGCGAACCACCACCACCACCGACAUCAACGCCAACAAAGACGGUCCCCCAACCGGAAGUAGCCCAACCAGAAGUUAAACCUGUCCCACCUCCUCCUUCCACUUCGGAUAAGGACAAAACUCCCGAAGCUACCGACCCCAAGGAGAAAAAGACCCUUGUCCGCCAACGAUCCGGGUCCGUCUCGGACGUUUCUCCUACUCGGGUAGAACGCCGAAAUUCGAAAAUCAUCAGUCAAAAGACGGCCGAACUUAUACAAAAUUUGGAGACCAAGACAUCUUCAACGGGAAGUGGGCGAGACUCAGGCAGCAGUUCGGGCGGAGAAGGCAGCGGAACUGGGAGCAGUAAACCACACCCGACCGUGAAAAAAUUGGUGAUUCCUAACUUUAAAGUUUCCGACGCCAAAAACAAAUUUGAAACCAAACCUCCCAGACCAAUCACGAGUUCAAUCAUGUCCCAAAGUAAGGCAGCCUUCGAAGCAAAAGCGGCUGCGUCUCAGAGCACGCCUGCCUCACCACCAGUCAAACCGACGCCACCGCCUGUGGAGAAAGCUAAGGAGAAAGUGGCCAUAAUUCCAGCGGCAACUGUAGCAAAAUCACCCAGUCCAGUACCCAAAGAAGAUAAGCAACUAGUCGCCCCACCCGAACAGAAAGAACAAGUUUCCCCCAAAAUGAAACCAAAAGUGGUUAAAAAACCGGAAACUUCGCCAAAAGUGUCCACCGCCCCCGUCGCCAAAUCAAUCACGCCAGAACCACCGACAAUUUCCGAGGCGACAGUAACCACCGUUGCGCCAACGCCUCCUGUCGCCGAACCAGAAAUCGUGGAAAAAGCGAAACCGAAACCACCCGGUAAAAUUCAGAUCCCUCCCGGCCUCCAAACUAAACCUGUCGCCGCCGGAAAUAAGGUGGUUCCUCAUCCCACCACGGCACCAGUUUCUGUCCCCGCCGUGUCGAAAGUGACGUCGCCAUCACCAUCGUCACCUCCACAAAGUAAAGAACAAGCCGCAAAAAAGAUUUCCUCCGUGAUUAAUAAAAUCGUCACUAGUUCGUCCUCCUCGGGCGACGAGGCGAAUAAAAAACUCAUCCAUAAAACCGAGGUCACGUUCCCCGUCGCCGCGGCGGCUUCGGCAGAACGCGUCAUCCCGAUCAAAUUCGAACCAGAGGCUGAACCAGAAACGCCAUCUGUGGCUUCAACGAAAAAUAGAUUUCCGCCCAGGUUCGACUCUUUCAAACGGUUCGACUCCGCCUCGUCGAUUUAUUCGCGUCAGAAUUCUUCCGAUACGGACGCUUCGUGCAGUUUGGCUGCUCCACCGAAACCCGAACCUAUUCGAAAAAGCCCACGGGAGUUUUUAAUCCCAAUCAAACUUGAGGCGAGUGGCGCCGUGGUGACGCCACGGGAGGAUGUCGGGGUACAAAGUGACACCGCGUUGGGAGGGGCUGGGUCAGAGGACGAAUUUAGGAUUGACAGCAGACUACGAUCUGGCCGAUUUGGGAGUGGGCACAAUAAAUUUAAGCGAUAUUCGAGCCUGUUGAGUGACUCGAGUGGAGUGGAGGAAGAUGCAACCAGUGCGACCGGAAGUAGGAGGGGAAGUGGGGCUGUAGGGAAUAAUAAUAAUGGUGCGAGUGGAGCGACCGUGGCGCAUGCGCGGAGUCGAAGCCAAGGGGAUGAACCGGAUGCGACCGGGGGACAGCAGCAGGCACAGCCGGCUGCGACCUUUAAGCGAUACAGGGCGAAGCGACCCGAUUUGGACCGUAGCGACUCUUUCUCGUCUGCUGAGGAGGACGACGAAGAUUUUUUCGAGGUCUUCACCGCAGAUUCCCUCUUCUCCAACUUGCUGGAUCGGGUGCGCAAUUUGACCAAGAGGAUCAAUCGCGAGGGUUCCAUGGGUUCGAUGGGCAACAACUGGCCUUCCGCGAUUGGGGGUGACGCUACCAACUUUGGAUUGUGGAACCCUUCCUCGUCUCUUCGGGAUUUGAUGCAAAGAGCUCCAUCCGAAACGCGUUCUUUCGGCUCUACCACACCCGGUGGAUUCACCGUAAGCACGCACCGCUCCUUCAGCCGGGAUCCGUCCCUCACCAUGAACCUCACCUCGACCGGAAGUGGGUCCAACUGGCGACGCUCCCUUUCUCGCGACGUUUCCGGUGAUAGCGACUCCUCCUUCGGAGGAAAUAAUACGGGUCGAAGCUAUGCCGGAAGUAGUUGCAGCUCGAAAGCAGGCUUGCCCACGGAACUUUUCGAAACCACAUCGGUUCGUUCCCUCCCCGUCACACUAAAUCGAAGAUCACCUUCCUACCUGUCUCAGCGUUCCGAACCGUACGGCAGUGAUCGGGAGAGCGUCACCCCAACGCCACAACGCCCCUACGGACGCACCAUGUCGUCCACCGAUUACGCGACAAAUUCGCCCAAUUUGUCGCGAACCUUACCGUUCCGCAGGUCACUAAAAUCCUUCAACAGUCAGGAUCACGAUUACUCCGUGGAUUCCGUCGUGGGCGCGAUUCGUGGCCUGGGUCAAAGUUUGAUCGACUCGCCGGCCACGUUCGACCCUGACUCGUACCUGAGACAGAUGAGGUCAGACCGGGCAAAAAGUGUGGGGCGAGAAUUGGUCGUGAAUCGGGAACAAAACCAAAAUGGGAAUGGAUUGAGAGAUUGCAACUCCAUGGCAAGGAUGACGUCAAUCAGUGAGACGGACGGAGGGGGGUCAGGGGUCACGGGGGGUGAAGCAGUAGAGACCCCGCCACCGCAGACAAAUGACCACCCAGGUCGACUCUCUGUGCAGGAUAAGAUGAAUAAUUAUACCCAAUAUUACAACAGUUUGACGGGGGCAAGUCCCGUGAAGCGAUUUCCGAGUCAGAUUCACGCCGAGAAUGGGAGAGGAACUAGUCCAUCGCCGAAUGCGAUCGGUUUAGCGAGAUUGAGACCGAGCACGAUGUUUGAGACGAUGAAUGGAUCGUCGUCUUCUUCGUCAGGUCCCGUUGGAAAUAAUAAUAUGGCGAUGACGACGACGUCCGCGGGAAUGACGAACGGUAGCGAUAAUGUGACGCCAAAGUUGACCACGGGGAUUCCUAAAUGGCCUGGAGUCUCGAUCCAGCAAUACAGACCGUUAAGUAUUUCGAGUUUUCCGUCAAAUGAAAAUAUUGGGGGGAAACAAAUCAUGGGGAGGGCGUCAUCCGUGUCGAGAGUUGUGUCGCCACCGCCGCCGCCACCGCCGCCGCCACAAACGGUGGCGACAACGACGACGCCAAAUUCGACAAAUAUGAAUAAAAAAGAUAUCUCCCGUGCGACAAGUGUGGAAAGGAUAACGCGAUUUUUAGAAAGAAAGUCGUCCGUCCCGAGAGAAAUCCAACCAGUUGAAGUUGGUCAGACACAAAGUCGUCCAUUUUCUCCACCAGUUCCGGUCUCUUCAUCGUCCCCAGUUCCGGAUAGUAGGAGUUCUCCUACAGUCAGAAAUACGGCGAAUAAUAAAUCGAAAUUUUUACAAAGUUUGGAGAAAAAGUGGGACAAAUUUACCGGAAAUGGGCAGCAACAGCAACAACAACCUGAAAUGGAUAAGACGCGUCCCAUGUCGCCGACAAUCUUAUCGGGUCAUAGGUCACCACCACCGCAACAACAACAAUUUGAAGAUGACGGAGAUAGAGGGGAAUUGUCUUCCACUGAAAUAAGCCCGGAUGAUAACAAGAUAUCGGAAUCCGUUCUGUUGCGAAGAGCACUUUCUCCGGAGAAGAAAGUAAAAAAGUUUGGCUCGGGAACGGUCAACUUUAUGCUAGGAAAGUUCAAACGGUUCGAGGAGGUCACGCCACCCCCACCGGCGGCAAAUAAGUUUCAAAUAUCAGCAGCGGGAAAUUUAAAACCGCCAGUAGGGUCGGGUUCUGUAGGGUCAAGAAUUGGGCGUAGAAUACAAUCUGCGUAUGCCGGGGCGGCGAGUGAUAGCGUGUUGACGUUGUCGCAGAGAUCAAAUAAUUUUGGGAAUAAAUCCGGAAUUCUUGUCAAUAAUGGAGCGGAAGUUGGACAGGAUGGAGGUAAUUCUGAUAUGCAACAACCAGACCCGGAAAUAAUCCGCUCGGGAGAAGCGGCGCAGGAAAAGAGGCGAAGUUUAAGACCUCAGCCCGUGAAUAGUAGAGCACUUUCACCAGAAAUGUUAAAUCCGGUCAUUUCUCGACCACUUUCUCCGGAAAUGAAUUCUCCAAGUAAUAGUCGACCUCUUUCUCCCCCAGAAUUUAGACCCGUUAACAAUCGACCACUUUCACCCGAAGUAAAUUAUCCAAGUACUACUCGACCACUUUCACCACCGGAAUUUAGACCGGUAAAUAAUCGACCACUUUCACCCGAUCCAAAUCACACUUAUCGUCCAAUUUCACCGGAAAUAAUGAAUAAUCGUCCGCUUUCACCGGAAGUGACUACCUCCACAACUCGUCCGCUUUCCCUCUUCGUCACCACCACGAUUUACAAUACAGAUCCAAUCUACUCCACCCCGACACUUUCCUCUUCCUCCCAAAUUCCUCGGCCGAACGGACUCAUCACCACCACGCUUCGUAGUUCAUCCCCCAUUCCCACCAGCCAGGUCAAAGGUCAAUCCCGUGACCUUGGUAUUAUCUCUCCUGAACCCAUCCCACAUCCCGAGAGGGAAGUGAUCACCUCGAAAUCGAUGACCUCCCCGCCCCACGUGACGAUAAAUCGCUCCCCCAGUGACAACCCCAUCCUCUCGCCGUCCAUGCUGAGUCCAAACUCCGACUCGGUGACCACAACGACCGGUGAUUUGGACGAUUCGGGGUCAAUCUGCUCGAGUUCGGAUGUCCGAAAUAUUUUAGAUGAAGAAGAAUCCGUUUCAGAUCGCAUUUUUAGAAAGAGUUUUUACCCCAGAUUUCACGAAAAGGGGAUAAAAACGAGAUCCGUUUCACUCAAUGCGGCCACCGCGGCGAGAAAAGGGCUUCACCCGAAUCCACAGAUAACCAAUACCCCACCACCGAUAAGCAAUGGUCAUCAUCACCAUCAUCACCACCAUCACCAUAGGUCAAACAGUCAAGCCAAGUCAGUCACACCGGGAGGAGGAAAGACAGUAGUGACCCCUUCUACUUCUUCAGCCCCUGCAGCAGAAACUAGCCCCACAAUUACAACAACCACAACGAACGGACCUGCGAUGAGCACCUUAUCGACUGAUAAUACCACCACCACCCGCGCUCCCUCCCCGCAUUCCCUCGUCAUCAACAAGUAUAAUCCAAACCCACUUUUCAAAGAAUUAAUUACCGACGAUUUUAAAUCCGAUAUUGAAAAGAAGACGGAAUACUCGAGAAGAGUGACGUCCAAAUUGAGCAAAUUAUUACGGGAGAUUGAAACGGAUUUGAAUACUUGCUCCUUAACGAAGAAAGAUGACGACGACGAGGGAGACGACGAAGACGAAAUCCUUGGCGGAACUAAAAAUAUGACGACGAAUGGUGUCGCGACAACGAAUGUGACGUCUCCUCCGGUCGAAAAUGGGACAAUGGACGCCAAGAAACCACCCGUAAUCGGUGUCGGCCUGAAAGCUUUGGCACCGACGCCCCCAAAAAAUCAAAACUUUAAAAAGUAUGCGGGCAGUAAAACCACAAAUUUGGGAGGUUCGAUUAAUGCCGUCACGAAUACGACGGCGAAAAGGAAUUUUUUCAAUAGGGAGGGAUCUCUCCAGCCGGAAGGAGAGGUCACAACGAAGCCGAUGGGAUUUGCGCUGCUUAAACCGAGGGCGAGUUCUGUAUCGAGACCGAUGCUGAACAAUACAGGAAAUCGAACAGAGUCCGCAUCUUGUAAUAAGCGAGAUAACAGUGACGCGGAUAAUGACAGAAUGGAUCGUUAAGUUAAAUUAGUUGUAAAAAUUGUGUGAAUCUCUGAAUUUUGAUGUCUUUUUCACUGUCUUCUUCUUCCUCUUCUUCGUGUUCUUUCUAAAUAUGUAUCGACUUCAUAUUUUCAAUGUGAUAAGUUUGUUUGUAUUUACGCAGCAGCAGGACUUGAUUUGGUCUUUGGUGAAUUUGCAUGUUUUUAUAUACAUAUCCUGACAAGUUUAAAAUUGUAAAGUAUGUAUGACUCUGAAAUCGUGGACAUAUGUAAAUGAUAACCUUAAUGAUACCCCUUUCUUCGUAAUUGAUAAUAAAUAUGUAAACUAUCAGCAGGGAUGUUUAAAGAUUAAGUUUUAUUGAAUAAAGGCAAUUCACAAUUAAUACAGAA